UGCGUCUGUGUGUGCGCACGCACGCACACACGCACAGAAAACCCGCAGAGCUGCAGGUUUCCUGUGUUUCCUCUCACGCCCUUUAUAAGAACAACUCAGCAGCUGCAGCCUCACAUCUCUGGCGGCGCCAACUUCACCCACUGCUGUGUCCUCACCCCUCUCCAGGUCCAGACACCAUGUCCAUCCCAACCCAUCGUCAGUGCACCAUUGAGAUCCAGAACAAAUGCUCGGUGUACGUGCUGUGUAACCCACACGUUCACACCGUCAGCGGAUCCUGUGAGAAACCUCUGGCACCAACGCUCAGCCCCUCUGAGUCUGGCAGCGCUCUGUUCAUCAAGACUCCUCACACUGCCUGUGGAUCUGUGGGCGUGUUCACUUACGAUCUGCACAACAUUUCUGCAGACACGUUUGGUGGCAGAAUCGCUGUGAUGUUCUCAGUUCCUUACGACUUCAACUUCUACUCCAAUUGGUACGGUGUAGGCGUGUUUGGGCUGGACAGGCAGUGUGGGAAACAACUGUUUGAACAGAUGUACAACAAUGCGGAGAGAGGCUUUGUCAGGGGCAAAGCCAAAGGGCCCAGCUUGACCCACAAAGGCAGCGGUGUCACCGUCAGAGCCACCAUGUCUGACAGUUACCAGCCAGUCAUGAAGGUCCAGGUGUCUGACAACUGAAACAAGACACAGGCUGCAACUGACUACAUUACCACAACCAGUAUAUACACAUGAAAGCGCAUUCUAAUCAGUCACUUUGUUUUAUACUUGUCAUAUUAAUGGUGGUGUUAUUAAGUCAUUUGGAACAGAAAUACAUUUCCUGAACAUCUUUGUAAUGCAAAGAAAUAAACUGAGAAAACAUGGUCUGAA